CGCGCAGUUCCGGGUCACGGCGGCCAUGGAGGCCGGGCAGGGACCCGGCCCCGGCGGCGACGCGGCCGAGAGGGAAGUACCUAAGCCUUAUGUUCCGACAGAGGAGGAAAGAAGACUACUCAAGGAAUGUGCUGAAGAGAGUUUCACAUAUAGAGCUUUUCCUUUGGCUGCAGUGAGCAUGCUUGGUACUAGUUUCUUAAUUAGAAAAGGUGUUCUAAGAGAUAGCUCAAGACUUGGCUCUUUUAUUAAAGUUGCAUUUGCUGGAAUGUGUGGAUACCUGGCUGGAAAGAUAUCCUACUUGCCAAUCUGUAGCGAGAAAUUUAAGAAACUGAAGGAUUCCCCAAUAGGAGAUGUUCUACGACAAGCUCAGAGACAUAGUUCACCUAACCGUUCCAGUCGUAAAUCUGAAUUUUCAGACGCACCUUCUCAGUCAUUUGAGUCAUCUUCUCCAAGAGCUGGAUUCCCACCUUCUUCUAGCUAUUCAGAUGAUUACAGCUCAACAGAUAGAGCCCUCUCAAGUUAUGAACCCAUACCAUUCAGUGCUUCUCUGAAUGAAUCUUCACCUACAGGAAUUACUGAUUACACCAUUCAAGAACCUGCUCCAGUUCCAGAAGAAACUCGUAAAAAAAAAGGCAUCACAUAUGAGGAAUUAAGGAAUAAACACAGACAGACAUAUGAAGUAAUGCAACCACCAAAGGCAGAAACUCCAAGCAAGUUUUCACAGGAAAAACAAGCUAAGGAAGUUAAAGUAAAUAAAUAUGGAGAUACCUGGGAUGAGUAAGAAUCAGAUGAAGAACUGAAGAAAAUUACCUCCUCUCAGCUAACUUGAACUUCAAAUAGAUUAGUCAUGAGUAUCAGCACCUUUGGUGUGCUGCGCCAGACACAACUAUUAAUAAAUGAGGAGAAAAUCCUGACUUGCCAGAAGAUUAAAAAAUGUAUUUAUGCUUAAUUUUUUUUAAUUUUGCAUAAAUGAAAAACAAGGCUAUUAUCAGGUGUCAUGACUAUAAACCAUUUAUGCUGUUGUUUAAGAAUGAGAAGGGGAACUGGUAAUAUGAACAUAUAGCAUAAGGUAAAAAUACAUGUAAAUAAAUGCAAUCCCGUGUGUCGAGAAGGGAAGAAUAUCAGAAUCUUCUCAAAUUUUCAAGACUUGCAUUAAAAGUUACCUCUAGAACUCAA